AUGAAGUUGAUCGAGUCCAACGACACCGUUGUGUUCCCAGAUAAUGUGACUUUCACAGUCAAGAACCGCAUCGUCCACGUCACCGGACCACGCGGAACCAUCCGUAAGGACUUCCGUCAUCUUCAUAUGGAGAUGGAACGCGUCGGAAAAAACACCCUCCGUGUUCGCAAAUGGUUCGGAGUCCGCAAGGAGCUCGCCGCUAUCCGCACCGUCUGCUCACACGUCAAGAACAUGAUCAAGGGAGUCACCCUUGGAUUCCGUUACAAGAUGCGUUCAGUUUAUGCCCAUUUCCCCAUCAACGUUACACUUCAAGAUGGAAACAGAACUGUUGAAGUGAGUACUUUGAUAUUUUCUUCUGUGAUUUUAAAUAAUUCUAUAAUUUCAGAUCCGUAAUUUCUUGGGAGAAAAGAUCAUCCGACGUGUGCCACUCCCAGAAGGAGUCACCGCCUCUAUCUCUACCGCCCAAAAGGACGAGAUCAUCGUCGAAGGAAACGACCUCCAAUUCGUCUCCCAAGCCGCUGCCCGUAUCCAACAAUCCACCGCUGUUAAGGAGAAGGAUAUCCGUAAGUUCCUUGACGGAAUCUACGUUUCUGAGAAGACCACCAUCGUCGCAACUGAUUAA